AUGAACAUCUCUGCAUCAGAGUCCUACAUGGAGUCAGUGAGUGAAUUUAUCCUUCUGGGUUUUCCCUGCAGCCAGAAGAUUCAGAUUGUCUUAUUCACAGUUUUCUCCAUCAUCUACCUCCUGACUCUCAUGGGAAAUGGAGCUAUUAUCUGUGCUGUGUGUUGGGAUCAGCAUCUCCAUACCCCUAUGUAUAUUCUGUUGGGUAAUUUUGCAUUCCUGGAGAUCUGGUAUGUCAACUCCACAGUCCCAAACACACUAGUUAACUUCCUCUCUGAGACCAAGGCUAUAUCUUUUACUGGUUGUUUCCUCCAGUUAUACUUUUUCUUUUCCAUGGGUUCCACUGAGUGCUUUUUUCUCUCUGCAAUGGCCUUUGAUCGAUAUCUAGCCAUCUGCCAUCCUCUCCAUUAUGCCACAAUUAUGACUGGACAACAUUGCUUCAACCUAGUGAUUUCCUGUUGGGUAUGUGGCUUUCUUUGGUAUCUGGCACCUGUUAUUCUCAUUUCCCGACUACCUUUCUGUGGCCCUAAUGUAAUUGACCACUUUGUAUGUGACUCAGGCCCCUUGCUGACCCUCUCAUGUGCUCCUGCCCCCAUCUCCAAGCUUACCAGCUACACCCUCAGCUCCCUAAUUAUCCUCCUUAGCUUCAUAUUCAUUCUCAUCUCUUAUGCCCUGGUUCUACUUGCUGUGUUUCGGUUACCCUCAGCAUCCAGUCGACAGAAAGCCUUUUCAACCUGUGGGUCCCACCUGGCUGUGGUACUGCUGUUCUAUGGUACUAUAAUGGUGAUGCAUGUGAACCCUGGAUCCAGUCACUCCACUUUGAUGCCUAAGAUGAUGACCUUGUUCUAUGCAAUGGUGACACCACUCUUCAACCCUCUAAUUUAUAGUCUUAGGAAUAAGGACAUGAAAAAUGCUCUGAGAAAAGUUCUGGAGAAGUUUAAAAUGUCCUUAUAA